GCUAGGUAACGGAUUGAGAUAACAAUGUAGCUGUCGUUUUGCCAACUUUGCGGGCAUUUGUCCUAUUCAACUCAGUGGAACCUGAUCUUUUACUGUUGUAGACAAAAUUAGCUUGGCGCUGUUGAAGAAUGAUGGUAUCUAAAUCCAGCCAACUCGUAACAGCUGUUUUUUCAAUUGUUUUAGCAGUUUUCCUCAAGAACGGUCAGUGCGAUUCAACAUGUCCUAAUGGUAUGAAAAACAUCACAGCUACAAGUGGUAGCUUCAAGUAUCCUGAGUCAGGGACUUAUGGAAAGAACGAGACCAAAUGUUGGAGCAUUACGGUUCCCGACACUUAUGUUGGCAUUUCCUAUCGUCACUUAAGCCUCGACAUUGAAGUAUGCUCUGGUUGUGGAUGCGACUAUGUCCUAUUUAGUUCCUCUUACUAUAAUAUAAAACAGCAACGAAAAUCAUGUGGACGACGCAGUUACAAUUAUUUACAAGGAUAUCUUAAUACGUGGGUCAGUUCUCCUGGAUCGACACUCUACUUUCGUUUUGUGUCUGAUGAUACCGUACAUUACAAAGGAUUAAACUUCACCUUCAUAGCCACGUCCUGGGCAUCGGGUGAAGAAAACUUUCUAAAUGCAACCGAAGAUGAAACUAUUGAGUUUGGCACACCAAAAGUUGGCGUCAAGAACUAUCCCUCAUACUACGCAGAACAAUGGUUAUUAAUUGUUCCUAAGGGUCGGCAGGUUCAGAUAGACUUCGACAUAUUUGAACUGGAGGACAGUGAGGAUUGCAAACAUGACUAUGUUGAGUUCCGUGAGGCUGACGAUCCCACAACAACAUCUGGAGUAAACGGUGCAAUUCUGACCAAUCGCUUGUGUGGAAAUUCAAAGCCGAGUUCGAUACAGAGUCAAGGGAACAUGGUUUGGGUUCAGUUCCGGAGUGAUGGAAACUCUUCCACAGUUUACAAGGGAUUCAGAGCUUCCUUUAAAGCAGGUCAAGGAAAAUUCUCUGCCAGCUAUCCAUUGACGCUGCUGUUCCUCUCAGCUCUGAUCGUGGAAAAAGUCAACUUGUUAUAAUCAUGUGUUGAGAGUAGUUUUUUCUGCGAUGUAAUUUUUAAGCUUUAUUUUUUGUUUCAUUUUGUUACUGCGAAGCGUGAGUUUACAAAUAUUGCUAUCUUCCAGUGGAUCUAUAUUCCUUUUUAAUGUUCUGUAGUUACGUUUUUGUCGUCGUUAAGGAUUUUUCAACCAGUUUGAAAAUUGUAUUCAUUUUAAAAAAAACCACAGGGGGCACAUACAAUCUGUUUGUGUA